GUCGUAUCCAACUGUGGACAGCUCAAACUUCACUCGAUCUUGAAUUUUCCAAUGCCUUUCUUCGCUUCACCACUUCAUCUCUCUCGUUUGCUUCACCCUCGUGUAUAUAAAUAUAUGUACAGACUUAUUCUGCAACCACAACAACCCAGCCUCACUGCAGCCUUUUAUCAAACAAUUUUCCUCCUCAAUUCAGCAUCCACUCUUUGCAUCUCUCAUGGCUACUUCUUCUUCAUCGUCCUUCAUUGUUUCACUAUUGUUGGUGUCUAUCUUACUGGGCACCUCUUUAAUGGCUGUCUCUGCAAAUAAUUUCUACCAAGAUUUCACCCUCACUUGGGGGGAUGGUCGUGCCAAGAUACUCAACAACGCCGAGCUUCUCACUCUGUCCCUUGACAAAACUUCAGGCUCCGGUUUCCAAUCCAACAACGAAUACCUGUUUGGGAAGAUUGAUAUGCAGCUCAAGCUCGUUCCUGGAAACUCUGCUGGCACUGUCACCGCCUAUUAUUUAUCUUCAAAAGGGGCAACGUGGGAUGAGAUCGAUUUCGAAUUCUUGGGGAACCUCAGUGGAGAUCCUUACAUUCUUCACACAAAUGUGUUCAGUCAAGGCAAAGGAAACAGAGAGCAACAGUUCUAUCUGUGGUUCGACCCAACCGCCGACUUCCACACCUACUCCAUCCUUUGGAAUCCCCAACGAAUCAUCUUCUCUGUGGAUGGGACUCCCAUAAGAGAGUUCAAGAACUUAGAAUCAAAGGGCGUUCCCUUCCCAAAGAACCAACCCAUGAGGAUUUAUUCCAGUCUCUGGAAUGCAGAUGACUGGGCUACCAGGGGCGGGCUUGUCAAAACUGACUGGAGCCAAGCUCCCUUCACCGCCUCCUACCGCAACUUCCAUGCUAAUGCCUGUGUUUGGUCUUCUGGGUCGUCUUCUUGCAACUCCAAUUCUCCAUCCUCCCCUGCAUCUUCCGGCAACAACAACAAUAAUUGGUUCUCGCAACAGCUGGAUUCGGUGAGCCAAGAGAGAUUGAAAUGGGUCCAGAAGAACUACAUGAUCUACAACUACUGCAAUGACACCAAACGCUUUCCUCAGGGCCUUCCGACCGAAUGUGCCGCCACCACUCAAUCUUAGAUAUACAUACAAAUACGCAGAGACUCCACAGGAGAGCUCCUGUUAUUCAUUCAUUGAUUCAGUUUUUUUUCCCCAUCUGUGAAAUCCUUGUACCCAAAUUCUUUUAUUUUUUGCUAUUCUUAUUAGUUGUAACUAGAACAACACGUUACUGCUACUCUCAUCAUAUAAUUUGGUCUGCAACAUGAACUGUUAUAUUUACAACGAAAUUUCUGUUUUUUAUUAUAAAAUCUUCACUAGGAA